AUGGAAUUCGUCUCCUUCUUGGCGUCGCUGGGGGUGUACUUCCUCGUCUUCGCCGAGUUGAUGCUUGUUAACAAAAUCUGGCAGGUGAAAGAAGAAUGCAGGAAGAAGCUUGCUCAUGCUGAAGGAGUGCUUGCAGAGUCCGGCAGGGGGCACACCUACAGAACUGGCUUCCUGGGUGUUGUGAGCGCAAAAUUGGAUCCCAUCGAUCACUGUAACAAGAAGAUAAAGGAACUGCUUCCCAAGUUUGAAGCUGAACAACAGAUCACUCUCAGAGAGAAACAAGAAGCUGCAGCCCUGGUCUUCUUCAACAGCAGGGUUGCUGCAGUUUUUGCCUCCCAAACCAUUCAUGCGCAGAAGACCGUACGCUUCUUCAUGAUUCCAGUUGCAAUCGUCGGCUUGUUUAACUACAAUUGUCCAGCAGCGGUAUGGGCAGGUCUGGGGGCUUUCCUAUCCAAGAAAGAGGGGCUCCCUUCUGAAAGCCAAGCAGUAAGAGCUGGCAUCAAGAAGUAUUUAUACUUCGUUGUGUUCGAUGUCUUCCUUGGAUUUAGAGUAUGGGGGACGUUUUUAGAUGCUCUGCAGGGCUUCAUCGAUCAACCUUCUGACCAGUUUAUGCCAUUGCUCGGGUUGAGCGUGCCCAGAAAUUCCAACUUCUUCAUCACAUUUAUUUCUCUGAAAUUCUUCAUUUGCAAUGGGCUCGAAAUCUCACGCUUGUUCCCCUUGAUCAUCUUCCACUUCAAGAAGAAGUUCCUCUGCAAGACCAAAGCUGAAGUGCCACCAGGUGACCUCGGCUAUGCUUCUAGACUUCCCAGUGACAUGCUUGUCAUCACACUCGUCCUCUGCCACUCAGUGGCAGCUCCCAUGAUCAUUCCAUUUGGUGCUGAGGGUUUAGAUCCCCAAGUACGAGAGCAAAGGGAGUCUGUGGUCGCCACACUCAUCAUCUAUCAGGCCUGCAUGAUAGGAUACAUUGUGGCAUGGAAGAAGUUCUAUUUCGGUCCUCUUCUUACUCCCUUGAUCGUAAUCUCCUUGACAUAUGGUUAUUUAUUCGAGAAGCGUUUCUGCGUCUCCUUCCACUGCACUUCUCUUGAAGCAGCGUGCAGGAAUGGAGGCGAAACCCCAGACAUGGUGUCCCUAUAUGAGGCCUAUAUUCCACCAUGCUUGAGCUCAAGGAAGCUCGAGGAGGUCAAACAGCUUGUACAUGCUCAAUCACGUUGA